UGAUAUGUUAGGGCUGGCUGUCUCUUUGCGCUGUGCAACCUCCUGUGAGUUCUCUCCCCUGUGCACUCAACCCUCCAGAACUCUGAGUGCCUUUGUAACAUUCUGUCUAUAUAUGAGGUGCUAAGGAAGACAACAAAGGGAAGAAAGCUGCCACAGACACAGUUUGGCUUGGACUGUGAAUUAACAUUCCAGUAAAAAUGCUGGGAGUACUGCUUGUGUCGUCCGUUCUCCUUGUGGGUCUAGCUCCACAGACCCAGGCUAUAUGGGUGUACACUAGCUGGGAGCGGCAUGGCCUUGUAGGAUCAGAGAUUAAGCUUUACUGCUCUUUCUUCUCCUGGCGCUGGCUAUCUGAAGAUGUGUCCUUCUCCUGGAGCUACAAACCUGAAGGUGCAAAAGACAGCAUUUCGAUCUUCCAUUAUGCAAGAGGACAAGCCUAUGUGGACAACAAAGGUCCUUUCAGAGACCGUUUGGAGUUUGUUGGAAACCCAAAGCGAAGGGAUGGGUCUAUACUGAUCCGGGGCCUGGAGUACAAUGACAAUGGCACAUUUACUUGUGAUGCCAAAAAUCCACCAGACAUAGUGGGCAGGCCUUCCAGUGUGAAACUGCUGGUCUUUGACAGAGUGCCUACAAGGGCUGGUGUGAUAACUGGAGCCAUCAUUGGGUCCGUGCUGGGUGUGGUCAUCCUUAUUCUGGCUCUCUACUACCUGAUGAGAUUCUUGGUUGCACGAAGAGUCCUCAGCCUGAGUGUCAGCACAGUAGAAAAGGGAAAGAAGAAAUCAGGCAAGGAGGGAUCCCAGCAGAGACAGGGCCCAGUUCUGUAUGCAACACUGGAUCAGUCCAGUAAACUCCUAAAAGGAGUCGGAUCUGACAAGAAGAAGUCUGACUCAAAGAGGGAUAAGAAAUAGGAUUCGGGGAGCAGAGAGCCAGCAGCAGCAGCAGAUGAUUUGGACCAAAAAGCAACUGAUCGAAAGGAAACCAAACGAAUGAGAAAAGAGAGGGAGAAGCGUGAGAAGGAGGAAGGCCGGAGGGGGGAGGGGGGAGCCGGUGCUGUGGAGCCCGCCGCUGGCUCUCCCAAAUCACCUAAGAGCUCACGGGUUGUCAUGACCAUUGAGCUUGAGCUCAAAGGAGAUGGCAAAACCUCUGAGAAGGAGGGUCCAGUAGCAGCGGACAGCAAACCUCCAGAGAUCCCCAAGAAAUCGUCCAGCUUUCUCUCGCAGCUCUCCAACAAACUCGCCCCCAAGAACAAUGGCUAAACUUGUACAGAUCUGCAUGCCCAUAUUGUUCAAAAGUAAACACCAACUUGUCAUUAAUGUUUCUUAGUUGUAGAGUAUAAACUUUUAGACUUAUAAUGUCUUAAUGAUGCAUAAGGUGACAUUAAAAUAUCAGCAAGUCAAUAAAAUAUAAGUCACUUUUUAAUCAAUUUAGUUAUGUGCACCAGAAGGAACUCAAGGAUACGUAACGCCAGACAGCACUCAUACAUGUGGUAUUGGCAAGUUGAACAGUCAUUGCCUUCAUCUGCUUGUUUUGCCUCAAUUCGAUUGCACCUUGCACUCUCAUUAAUGAAAUUGAUUGCUACUACUAAUUAAAUCCAGUAGAGGAUGCAUGCCUUAUGUUUAAUCGCAUGGAUAGAACAGUCGAUUAAAAGUGUUCAUAGAGUCCAGCAUGGCAACUAGCUGCACUCAUGUUAGGGAAUAAAUUAAAAGGAAGUGUAUAAUUCUGAUCAGUAUACAGUAUGAAGCAAAGUAAAGAACGUAAACAUAAGAAAGAUUAAGGCAUUUGUCACAUUGCUAAAAUUAGUUCCUGCCAAAGGAGCAACACUGCAGGAAAUUCUCCGAAGAAAAGGCUGUACAAAGGGAAUAAAUCCAUAUUAAAAAGUAAAUACGUCAUUUUUUUUCGAGAAAGAGUGAUUCCUUUGAACGAUCACAAUAAAUUGAUUUAUGGUGCUAUUCACAAACAAGUGUGAACAUUUACCUCAACGUCUGUGUUUUUCCGUGCAGCUUCUACUUGCGUUUCUUCAAACUUGCUGUAUGGCGAAUGCUGGCUUGUUGCAGCUUGUGCAGCUCUACUCG